AUGAUCUGGGAUUUCAUCUGGGUGUUGAUUUUCACCUCGUGUUGCUGCUCCUUGGUACAUAGCUUGAACAAUACUGCCAGUGAGUCAAUAAAUUCUCAGGUUCAAGAUUUUGCUUUCAGGUCAAUGGCAAGACACCGGCAUCAAACUGGUGCUCUGUACGACACUCUUCUUCCCCGGAACCUUUCAGGUAUGGAUGUUUCAGUAGUGCGUCUGAGAAGCCGGAGGCUCUGGAACGAAGGUUGUAACUUUAGCUACUUUCGGAUCCCGCCAAGAACUGUUGCUAUCCCCCGUGUCAGGAGGGUGGCUAUUGCAUACCAGAAUUUAGGCAAUUGGUCUUCCCACUACUACAAUUUGCCAGGUUACUCGCUCAUCUCUUCUGUUGUUGGUUUCAUGGUUUUUGAUGCAUCAAAUGUAAGGGAUAAAAGUUUCAGAAACCUCACUCUCAACACAAUGGGGCAGCCUAUAUCUAUUCAAUUCCCAAAUGUGAUAUUUAUGAGUGGAAUCAACUCAAAGGCUAGAUGUGUGGCUUUCAAUGAAAAUGGAACAUUUCAACUCACUAUGAUGAGUUCCCCUGGUGUAUGCCACUCAAGAGACCAGGGCCAUUUUUCAGUUGUUCUCCCAUUGGAGAAGCGGCAACGGUGGUAUAUUUGGGUGACUGGGUGUGCUCUUGGAUUUUUUGGAUUGAUAAUAUUAGGUUAUGUGGGAUUUUCAUCCAUGAGAAUUCUCAAGACGAAAAAGAUUGAAGCCAUGGAAAAACAAGCUAUUGAAGACAUGGUUCUUGAAAGCAGAUGGGUCGGCGAUAGUAAAAUGCCUUCUGCAACUGUAACAAGAACUCAGCCAGAUCUUGAGAACAUUGCUUUGUAA